UUCUGGUUAAAUAUUCAAAAUGGCGGAUGGAGGAGCAGCGAGUCAACAUGAGAGUUCGGGACCAGAGUCAAGAAUGAGUAAUCCGUCAGAAACGAGUAAAGGUGCAAUGGAGACUGGGAAUGGCAACACAGGUGCCCAAACAAAUGGACUGGACUUUCAGAGACAAACUGUGCAGGCAACGAGCGCGAUCACCAACGCGCACACACAAGCCCUGCUGCAACAGUCUAAAACCGAGGAUUCGGGGGAGCCUGCGGCCUCCAGCCAGCAGGGGGCGCCGCCCCAGACACAGCUGAUGUUGACCGGGGGACAGAUCGCUGGACUGACCCUCACUCCAGCGCAGCAGCAGUUGUUGAUUCAGCAGGCCCAGGCUCAGCUCCUCGCUGCAGCCGUGCAGCACUCUGCCAACCAGCAGAACAACACCACAGGGGCCACCAUCUCUGCGUCAGCGGCUACGCCCAUCACCCAGAUCCCCCUCUCUCAGCCCAUCCAGAUCACGCCUGACCUGCAGCAGUUGCAGCAGCAGAACUUGAACCUGCAGCAGUUUGUGCUGGUGCAGCCGGGCCACCCCAUCGCCACUCAGCUGCAGCCCGCGCAUUUCAUCAUCUCUCAGACUCCACAGGGGCAGCAGAGUCUUCUGCAGGCCCAGAACCUGCUAACCCAACUACCUCAAAGCCAAGCCAACCUCCUGACUCAGCCAAGCAUCACCCUCACCACGCAGCCGGCGACGCCCACGCGCACGAUAGCUGCCACGCCCAUCCAGACACUUCCGCACAGCCAGACGACACCAAAGCGCAUCGACACCCCCAGUCUGGAGGAGCCCAGUGACCUGGAGGAGCUGGAGCAGUUCGCCAAGACCUUCAAACAGAGGCGCAUCAAACUGGGCUUCACUCAGGGGGACGUUGGCCUCGCCAUGGGCAAACUGUACGGAAACGACUUCAGCCAGACCACCAUCUCUCGCUUCGAGGCCCUGAACCUCAGCUUUAAGAACAUGUGCAAGCUCAAGCCCCUGCUGGAGAAGUGGCUCAAUGAUGCAGAGAAUCUGACGUCUGACCAGGCCAUGAGCAGCCCCUCGUCGCUGGGCUCCUCGGCCAUGGGGCUGGAAGGGCUCAACCGCCGCCGCAAGAAACGAACCAGCAUCGAGACCAACAUCAGAGUGGCCUUAGAGAAGAGCUUUCUGGAGCAGAACCAAAAACCUACCUCUGAGGAGAUCACCAUGAUCGCGGACCAGCUCAACAUGGAGAAGGAGGUGAUCCGCGUGUGGUUCUGCAACCGCCGGCAGAAGGAGAAGCGGAUCAACCCCCCCAGCAGCAGUGCCAACAGCACCCCCAUCAAAGCAAUCUUCUCCCCAACCACCCCCAUGAUCCCCAGCACGGCGAGCCUUGUGACCAGUAACACACCGACCACGUUGACUGUAAACCCCGUCCUGCCUCUCACCAGCACGGCCGUCACCAGCCUCGGCUUCACUGGCACGACCAUCGGGGCGAUGACCACCAACACGGCGUCGGUGAUCUCCAGCACGCCCAUGGCGACCUCGGUGGUGACCACGCCGUCUCUCAGCCCCUCCCCCUCGGUGCUGCACACCACGGGGGCGGAGUCUGGGGGCGGCACGGAGGGGGCGGUAGUGACGCAGGCUCCCACCUCGCUGGCCGCAACGCUGGGGGCGGGGCAGGUGAUGGUGACGGCCUCCGGGCUCUCCGCCGCCCUCCAGGGGGCCCAGCUGCCCCCCAGCGCCAGCCUGGCUGCCAUGGCGGCUGCAGCCGGACUCAGCCCCGGCCUCAUGGCCUCCUCGCAGUUCACUCCUGGUGGGGCCUUGCUGAGCCUGGCUCCUGGUGGUUUGGGCAGUGCCCUGAGUCCAGCCCUGAUGAGUAACAGCACCUUGGCCACCAUUCAAGGUGUGUGGAGCGCUCUGGCGUCGGGCGGCAUCACCUCUCUGGACGGCAGCGGGAACCUGCUGUUCGCCAGCACCAGUGCAGGGAGCACCCCCAACCUGGUGACCGCACCCCUGUUCCUGAACCCCCAGAACCUCUCCCUCCUGACCAGCAACCCGGUCAGCCUGGUGUCUGCGGGCGGGGCCGGCGGGGCGGGCGGGGCCCUCAACCUGCAGGUGACCUCUGCCGCCGUCGCCCACGGCGACACCCAUCACAGCGUGGUGACUUCCGCCCCCGUUCCCGCGACAACCAUCACCACCGCCUCCAAGGCCCAAUGAACUCACGGCCACGCCCACUCAUAUCCCCCCAUUAUCAUUUAUUUAAUCAUUUUUGCUGCCACCAAAAAGAAAAAAAACACUGAUAGAGGAUUUUUGUUCCUUAUUUCUUUUUCGUGUUUGUUUUGCGCCCCUAUCAACGCCCUUGACUUCAGACGAGGGCUGUGAUUGGAGGAGGGGUGCGGUUGGUUGUUUUUUUCUUUCCCCUGGUGUGACCGUUGGUGUGGUCGUGUGCACCAGUGGCUGGCAUCAUCUCCAGGGGACCAGGAGGAGUUUUUGCUUAGGUUAUCAGGUCCCCUGAGGCCGGCUUUGCUCCGAUCGGACCGGACCAGACCGGACCGGACCAGACAGUCCUGCCACUUUCAGACGAAAAAAAACCAACAAAAAAAACUUCAUUCUUUUGACUAUUUAAAAAUAUAUAUAUUUCUUCUUUUUAUUUUUAUUUUUUUUCCCAUUUCCUUUUCCUCUCCAGGACUGCCUCUUGAAACUAACUUAACUUAUUCUAACCAAAAAAGUGCGAUAAGACUUUUUAUCAACCGAGAUCUCUUAUUAACGAAGUUAAUAUUCACUAUCACAUGAUUGUUUUUUUUCUGUAGUUUUUAGUGUCUGUGAUAUUACUUUACUGACAGGUCUGUUGUCGAGGCCAUCACACUGUUUAUAUCAGACUUUGACUGAAACAGCACAGUGGGUUUCUGUGUGUGUUCUCUUCUGUUUUGGUCUUAAUUGCUGUAUCUGCGGACACACGCAUUUUAUUCUGUCUUUUCUGUUUUACGCCGGUGAGCGUUCGUAAAAACCUUCUCAGAGCGGUACUUAGCUUUAAGUUGGUGUAGCCCUGGUAACAAUUAUAACGAC